GGGGCUCUCUGUCUCCUCGCCGCCGCCGCCAUGGGUCGCAUGCACGCUCCCGGCAAGGGCCUGUCGCAGUCAGCUCUGCCCUACAGACGCAGCGUGCCCACGUGGCUAAAACUCACAUCGGAUGAUGUGAAAGAACAGAUUUACAAGCUAGCAAAAAAAGGAUUGACCCCAUCUCAGAUUGGUGUGAUCCUGAGGGAUUCCCAUGGUGUUGCCCAGGUGCGUUUUGUCACCGGGAACAAAAUCCUCCGUAUUCUGAAAUCCAAGGGCCUGGCUCCUGACCUUCCAGAGGAUCUGUACCACCUGAUCAAGACCGCUGUGGCUGUCCGCAAACAUUUGGAGAGGAACAGGAAGGAUAAAGAUGCCAAGUUCCGUUUGAUUCUUAUAGAGAGCAGAAUCCACAGGCUGGCUCGUUACUACAAGUCCAAAAGGGUGCUGCCACCCAACUGGAAGUACGAAUCCUCCACCGCUUCAGCACUGGUAGCCUAAGGAGUUUCUUCAUUUGCUCGUCGAAUCUUGUAACAAAAAUAAAGAUUCAAUCAUGUUUA